AUGGGCCCCUGCCAUGGCGCCCUGCUGCCCCUGUCCCUCCUGGUUCAGGCCCAGGUGCUGGCCCUGGCCCGGGCCCAGGGCGCCCUGCCCGCCUUCCUGCCCUGCGAGGUGCAGACCCCCAACCACGUCAACUGCGAGUGGCUCUUCCUGACGGCCGUGCCCCGCUUCUCGGAGUCCUCGCCCCGGGCCAACGUCACGAGCCUCUCCCUGCGCUGCAACCGUAUCCGCCACCUCCACGACCAGGACUUCGCCCACCUGACCAGCCUGCGCAAGCUCGACCUCAAGUGGAACUGCCCGCCCAGCAGCCUCAGCAUCAUGCACUGGGCCUGCCACAUGACCAUCGCGCCCCGCACCUUCCUGGCCGUGCCCACGCUGGAGGAGCUGAACCUGAGCUACAACAACAUCACCACGGUGCCCGCCCUGCCCGCCGCCCUCCGCGCACUGUCCCUCAGCCGCACCAACAUCCUGGUCAUCGACGCCGCCAGCUUCCGCGGCCUGCACGCCCUCUCCCACCUGUACGUGGACGGCAACUGCUACUACGAGAACCCCUGCGGGGGUGCCGUGCGGGUGGCCCCCGGCGCCCUCCUGGGCCUGCGCAACCUCACCCACCUGUCGCUCAAGUACAACAACCUCACGGCGGUGCCCCGCGGCCUGCCCGCCGGCCUGCAGACCCUGCUGCUGGCCUACAACCGCAUCGUCGCCCUGGGGCCCGGCGACCUGGCCAACCUCACGGCCCUGCGGGUGCUGGACGUGGGCGGGAACUGCCGCCGCUGCGACCACGCCCGCAACCCCUGCGUGGAGUGCCCCCGGGGCUACCCCCGGCUGCACCCCGACGCCUUCCGCAGCCUGAGCCGCCUGGAGGGCCUGGUGCUGAGUGACAGCUCCCUCCACAGCCUGGACGAACGCUGGUUCCGGGGCCUGGACAACCUCACGGGGCUGGACCUGAGCGAGAACUUCCUGUACGACUUCAUCACCAACACCUCGGUCUUCUGGCACCUGAGGAGGCUGCGCAAGCUCAACCUGUCCUUCAACUACCACAAGGGCGUGUCCUACGCCCACCUGCGGCUGGCGCAGUCCUUCCAGGGGCUGCGCGCCCUGGAGCACCUGGACAUGACGGGCAUCUUCUUCCGGGAGCUGAGCCGGCGCACGCUGCAGCCGCUGGCCGGCCUGCCCGCCCUGCGGAGCCUCCGCCUGCAGAUGAACUUCAUCAGCCAGGCCCAGCUCAGCGUCUUCGGGGCCUUCCCCCGCCUGCGCCAGGUGGACCUGUCCAACAACCGCAUCAGCGGGGCGCCGGGCGCCGCGGCCGCGCGGGGGCAGGCGGACGCCGGGGAGGCGGGCGGGCGGCGGCGCCCGGGGGACCUCGCGGCGCUGGGCCCGGAGACCCCCCCGGGGCAGGCGGACGCCGGGGAGGCGGGCGGGCGGCGGCCCCCGGGGGACCUGGAGGACGCCCGGCGCUCCGGGGACUUCAGGGACUUCAGGCUGAGCUGCGAGAACCUCACCUUCACCCUGAACCUGUCUCGGAACAACCUGGUGACGAUCGAGCCCGAGAUGUUCGCGGGGCUGUGGCGCCUCGAGUGCCUGCGCCUGAGCUACAACAGCAUCUCCCAGGUCAACGGCUCGCAGUUCGCGCGGCUGCCCGGCCUGCGGGUGCUGGACCUGUCCUACAACAAGCUGGACCUGUACCACGGCCGCUCCUUCACCGAGAUGCCGCUCCUGCGCACGCUGGACCUCAGCUACAACAGCCAGCCCUUCAGCAUGCAGGGCAUGGGCCAUAACCUCAGCUUCGUGGCCCGGCUGCGCAGCCUGCGCCACCUCAGCCUGGCCCACAACGCCAUCCACAGCCGCGUGUCCCCCGAGCUCCGCAGCGCCACCCUCCUGGCCCUGGACUUCAGCGGCAACGCCCUCAACCGCAUGUGGAACGAGGGGGACCUCUACCACCGCUUCUUCCAGGGCCUGAGCCGGCUGCGGAGCCUGGACCUGUCCCGCAACCACCUGCACGCCGUGCUGCCGCACAACCUGGCCAGCCUGCCCCCGGACCUGCAGCGGCUGCGGCUGCAGGACAACUACCUGGCCUUCUUCAACUGGAGCAGCCUGGCCCUCCUGCCGCAGCUGGACAGCCUGGACCUGGCGGGCAACCAGCUCAAGGCCCUGACCAACGGCAGCCUCCCCGCCGAGCCCCGGCUCCGGAGCCUGGACGUCAGCCGCAACCUCAUCAGCUACGUGGCCCUCGGCUUCUUCGCGCCGGCCACGGCGCUGCGGGAGCUCAACCUCAGCCACAACGCCCUCCGCACGCUGGACCCCGCCUGGUUCGGCUCCCUGGUGGCGGCCGCCGCCCUGACCUCCCUGGACGUGAGCGCCAACCCGCUGCACUGCGCCUGCGGCGCGUCCUUCGUGGACUUCCUGCUGCAGGUGCAGGCGGCCGUGCCCGGGCUGGCCAGCCAGGUCAAGUGCGGCAGCCCCGGGCAGCUGCAGGGCCGUAGCGUCUUCGCGCAGGACCUGCGGCUCUGCCUGGACGAGGCCCUGUCCUGGCUCUGCUUCGGCCUGUCGCUGCUGGCCGUGGCGCUGGCCCUGGCCGUGCCGCUGCUGCAGCGCCUGUGCGGCUGGGACCUCUGGUACUGCUUCCACCUGGGCCUGGCCUGGCUGCCGCGGCGCGGGCGCCGGCGGGGCGCGGACGCCCCGGCCUACGACGCCUUCGUGGUCUUCGACAAGACGCACGCGGCCGUGGCCGACUGGGUGUACAACGAGCUGCGGGUGCGGCUGGAGGAGCGGCGAGGGCGCCGGGCGCUGCGCCUGUGCCUGGAGGAGCGGGACUGGCUGCCCGGCAAGACGCUCUUCGAGAACCUGUGGGCCUCGGUCUACGGCAGCCGCAAGACGCUGUUCGUGCUGGCCCACACGGACCGCGUGAGCGGCCUGCUGCGCGCCGGCUUCCUGCUGGCCCAGCAGCGCCUGCUGGAGGACCGCAAGGACGUGGUGGUGCUGGCCAUCCUGAGCCCCGACGCCCGCCGCUCCCGCUACGUGCGGCUCCGCCAGCGCCUGUGCCGCCGCAGCGUGCUGCUCUGGCCCCGCCAGCCCAGCGGCCAGAGCAGCUUCUGGGCGCAGCUGGGCGUGGCCCUCACCAGGGACAACCGCCACUUCUACAACCGCAACUUCUGCCGCGGCCCCACCACGGCCGAGUAG